GUAGAGUAACGACCUACCGGGAGCGCGCGGUGAUGGUCUUAAGAAAGCGAUCAAGAUCCGCGUUUUCUUUCUUCUGCUGACACUACAGAGAGUGUGUUCAUUGUAAGUAGGGCUGUCAGAGACACGCUUAUUCAGUCACCCACCGGUAUUACCAACAGGACUGACUGGGAUUCACUGCGCUCUGCUGGCUGUGUUACCGCUAUGGGCUCAGUGUGAGUGAAGAGACAAAGACUUUGGGAUAUAUGUCUGGCAUUUGGCUUUUUGUCAGUUUCUCAAAUGCAAACGGAAAUAUGUGGCAAAGCUUCGUCUUACUCUUAACCGGUUUGCUUGGGUUGUGUUCAUGUUCAAGUUUCCCAAGUAACAUCAACAUAGGAGGUUUGUUUCCAACCGACUCCCAUGAAUACGACGUGUUCCGUUUCGCGCUCUCUCAACACAAUGAUGUUCCUAAACUGGUACCACAAGUGGACAUGGUGGACACGGGGAGCAGCUUUGCCAUGACAUACGCCUUUUGUUCCCAGUUCUCCAAAGGAGUGUACGCCAUCAUCGGCCUGUAUGACAGGAAGACCAUGAACAUGCUGAUGUCGUUCUGUGGCGCUCUGCACGUGUGCUUCGUCACACCCAGCUUCCCCAUCGAUACCAACAACCAGUUCGUGAUCCAGCUGAGACCUGAGCUCCAGGAUGCUCUGAUCACCCUUGUCGAGCACUUCAAGUGGACCAAGUUCGUCUACAUGUACAGCUCGGACUCAGGUCUGACAGUGCUGCAAAAGAUCUUGGACACUGCUGCUGAGAAGACCUGGCAGGUGACAUCCAUAAACUUAGACACCCUGACAGAAGCGGCGUUCUUGAAAACCAUCCAAGAUCUGGAUAAUAAGAAGGAGUACAGGAUCAUUCUGGACUGUGAGCUAGAGAGACUCAUCUCCAUCUUAAACUUGAUUGCGGCACAAAAAAAGAACUUGAAGAAUUACCAUUAUAUACUAGCAAACCUGGGCUUUCUGGAUCUUAAUCUCACAGAAUUCAAGAAGGGAGGUGCCAAUGUGACAGGCUUCCAGCUCAUGAACUACACAAACCCUACUGUCAGCAGAACAAUACAAGACUGGCUGGAGUUUGACAGUAAAGACUUGAAAAGUCCCAAAAGGAGGCUCAAGUACACUGGAGCGCUCACGUAUGAUGGAGUGACUGUCAUGGCCACUGCCUUCCAGAACCUGAGGAAGCAGCGCAUUGAUAUCUCUCGCAGGGGGAAUGCAGGAGAGUGUCUGGCUAACCCUCCUGCACCCUGGGGCCAGGGCAUCGACAUUCAGAGAGCCCUACAGCAGGUGCAGUUUGAAGGGCUUACAGGACAUGUUCAGUUUAAUGAAAAAGGACAUCGGACCAACUUCACCGUCAGCGUGAUGGAAUUUGGCCCAAGUGGACCCAAGAAAGUGGGCUACUGGAACCAACGUGAGAAAUACGUGAGCACAGCUACUUACAGCAGCAUGCUCAAUGAGACGUUUGGACUGCAAAACAGGACCUAUGUAGUCACCACCAUCUUGGAGUCUCCAUAUGUGAUGCUGAAGAAGAACCAUGAGCAGCUCGUGGGUAAUGACAAAUAUGAAGGUUAUUGUGUGGAGCUGGCUGCAGAGAUCGCCAAGCACGUGGGCUAUUCCUACAGACUAGAAAUAGUGGGGGACAGAAAGUAUGGAGCCAGAGACGCAGAGACAAUGAUGUGGAAUGGGAUGGUUGGAGAACUAGUGUAUGGCAAAGCAGACGUAGCUGUCGCCCCCCUCACCAUCACUUUGGUCAGAGAGGAGGUCAUCGAUUUCUCCAAGCCCUUCAUGAGCUUAGGUAUAUCCAUCAUGAUCAAGAAGCCCACAAAGUCCAAACCAGGCGUCUUCUCCUUCUUGGACCCACUGGCGUACGAGAUCUGGAUGUGCAUUGUGUUUGCCUACAUUGGCGUGAGUGUGGUGCUGUUCCUUGUGAGUCGCUUCAGUCCGUACGAGUGGCACGCAGAUGACGAAGAGGAUGGAAUGGAGCAACAAAACCAGAAUCAAAACCAACCACCGUCACCAGAGCCCAACCAGUCGCCAAACCAGCACAGUCAGAGUCAGAAUCAGCGAGAGGAGAAGCAGGAGAAGCAACCUGAACACAGCAAUGAGUUUGGGAUCUUCAAUAGCUUGUGGUUUUCCCUGGGAGCCUUUAUGCAGCAAGGAUGUGAUAUCUCACCAAGAUCUCUCUCUGGUCGUAUAGUUGGAGGUGUGUGGUGGUUCUUCACUCUGAUUAUCAUCUCCUCCUACACAGCCAACCUGGCUGCCUUCCUCACUGUGGAAAGGAUGGUGUCACCCAUCGAGAGUGCCGAGGAUCUGGCUAAGCAAACAGAGAUUGCCUAUGGGACUCUUGAUGGAGGAUCCACCAAAGAAUUCUUCAGGAGAUCGAAGAUCGCAGUGUUUGAGAAGAUGUGGUCCUACAUGAAGUCUGCAGAGCCUUCUGUAUUUGUGAAGACGACAGACGAAGGUGUCGUGCGGGUGAGGAAGUCCAAAGGGAAGUAUGCUUAUCUGCUGGAGUCCACAAUGAACGAGUACAUUGAGCAGCGCAAACCAUGUGACACCAUGAAGGUGGGAGGAAACCUGGACUCAAAGGGCUAUGGGGUAGCCACACCCAAAGGAUCUGCCCUGAGAAACCCAGUAAACCUGGCAGUGUUAAAACUGAACGAGCAGGGCCUGUUGGACAAAUUGAAAAACAAAUGGUGGUACGACAAGGGAGAGUGUGGCAGCGGAGGAGGUGAUUCCAAGGAUAAGACCAGCGCUCUGAGCCUCAGUAAUGUGGCUGGAGUUUUCUACAUUCUGAUUGGUGGGCUUGGGCUGGCCAUGCUGGUGGCCCUGGUUGAGUUCUGUUACAAAUCAAGAAUCGAGUCUCGAAGGAUGAAGCAAAUCAUUGAUGCGGCCAUGCUCAGCUCCACACUGACUAGGAUGGGCAGCGGAGGUGAGAACGGACGCGUGAUGGCCCAUGACUUCCCCAAAGCGGCACAGACUCUGCCAUGUAUGGGCCAGGCAGCCGCCAUGGGCCUCAGCACCACUGGGAUGUAAACAGCCAUCAGAGAUCAGGGGACAUCAGCAGACCGAUGGAAAGAGUGGGAGAGGACAUGAGAGACACUGCAGCGUACAGCUCACCUGCCACUGAAGUACUGCCAAAUGGAUUCAUCGACACACUCUGGGCUCCAAAUCAAAUUAGAUAAGGAGGGAGGAAAAUCACUUUUCUAAUAUUAAGAUGUGUUUUUAUUUUUAUUUUUUUUUGGAACUUCUCCGGUGCAAUAAGGAGAUCAUGUGUGAGGUGUUUUUGUAUGAAGCAUAAUUUUUGACAAAACUGAGAGGUUUCCCUCAAUCUCAUGAAUUACUGACAAGUGAACUGCAGUGUUUCCCCCUAAAUUUCCAGUUGUGCUCAUUUUAUUCUUUUCAUCUGCCUUAUGAUAUAUCUUUGACACACAUCUCUGUUUGAGGAACAUUAUUCUUUAUUCAUAGUUACAUCAUUAUUUAUCAAAUAGUUAAAUUAAUAGUUUACCCAAAAAUGAAAAUUUGCUGUCUGAUUUGUACUGUGGAUGAGUAUGUUUCUUCAUGGGAACAAAUUCUGAAAAAUUUAGUAUCACUCACCAGUGGAUCCUUUGCAGUGAAUGGGUGCCGUCAGAAUGAGAGUUCAAACAGCUGAUUAAAAAUAUCAGACUCCAGUCCAUUAGUUAAUGUCUUGUGAAGUGAAAAGCUGUAUUAAGUGAUGGACCGGAGUCGUGUGGAUUACUUGUGGAUGAUGGCACCCAUUCACUGCAAAGGAUCCAUUGAUGGACAAGUGAUGCAAUACUAAAUUUCUUCAAAUUUGUUCUGAUGAAGAAACAAACUCUUCUACAUGUUGGAUAGCCUGAGGGUGAGUAUAUAUUUAUCAAAUUUUUGGGUGAAACUGUUCCUUUAAGGUGAAGUGUGUAGAAUUCUGUGCCAGAAUUGCAAAAAUAAUGACCUCUGUCUGACAUUGGUAAGACAAACUGUCCUUUCAUUUUUGGAUCAACUAUACUUUUAGCAUUGAAAAAGUUAUACACUUCACCUUUAAGAAACAAUUCCGAAUGAAAUUAAAUGUUUGUUUGAUGUCAUCCCAUGAAAAGCUAGGAAGUGUGUCAGACUCAUUGCACAGUCUACAAAUGUCUUCCUUUCCAACCAGUUUGAUUGGCAAGCCUUUCUAGGGAAGGUAACUCACUUCCAUAGGUUUGGAGAGGCUGAUGACCAGUCCUGUCAUUGUUACCGCUGUACCUCACAGUCUCACCCUUCACUUACGAACACUUUGGAUCAAUCACCAAUUUCCCGUCCAUGCUGCUCGAUAGAGUCUGAGAGUUAAAGAUGUCAGAGAGAGGGAAAAGUGGGUAUAGGAUACGCAGCUCCACGUUUUGUGUUACUGUUUUGCCACUUCCAUUCUGUCUUCCUUUCUUGGUUUACAUGACAUUUUUCUGUUGAAGUAGCUCAUGAUAUGUAUAGUACACCAUUCCCACACUCAACCGCUAAUGAUGUCGGUGUACACAGAUGCAACAGUAUCAACAAAUUCAAGGGCAGCAUGAGCACCCAGGAUGAGCACCGUUGACUUAGAAGCCUAAAACUUAUGUUUGUAAUAUUGUCAUUGUAAUAACAGUUGAAAUAUUGUCGUGUAAACACCAAUUCCAUGCAAAGUAUUUUAUGGAAAUCUGCCUAAUAGCUGAUACACGGACAACAACAUGAAUUGCUCAUGCUGUGAGAUUAAUAGGUUGAUUUAAUAGCCUGACUCUAACAGUCCAUUUGAGAGAAACAAAGCUCGGUGGCGAUGGCUUGUUUGCUUCGGUCGUUGCUUUAUGCCGUAAUAAAAUGAGCCCACUUUUGGAUACAUAGACAGGCAACAAAUGAUGAUAUUCAAAACCUAUUGAAUCUUAAACUAAGACUCGCUUUUGGAAUUUCGAGGUGCCACAUCUGGCCUUGUGCUUCUCAACCAGACUGGAUGCGCUGAUUCAAGCACAGAACGGGAUUUGAGGUGGAAGAUCACAACAGAAGAGAUGAACUCUAAUGGACUGAUCAUCAGAAAUGAUAAAUGAGCACAGAGGUAAAACUGAAUGUCAAUACUCUAAGCACAAGAUCUUCAUUCAGCCAUUCAGGAGAACUUUCUCUGUCGGGAGCUUUUCUCUCUUUGUAUCCUUCCUCAAUACUUUGCCAUUGGACCUUCAGCGGUUAUACAUCUUCUGUCCCUUUUAUUGCCAAUUCCAUUUGUACAAAUAGAGAGAAUCAACCAUAACAUGACGUGGAACAUUUGUGCUGACAAACGGUGCUUUGUGGCCUUUGUUUUCCAUUCGAUGGGUUAUUUGUUUUGUUUAUUUAUAUUUUGAAUUAUUUCUGGUCUUGUAUUUAAAGUGAAAUUCUGUAUUUAGAUGUUUCUUUGGUUGGUUUUGCACUUCUAGUCUUAAAUAGGGCUGUCAAUCGAUUAAACAUUUUAAUCGAAUGAAUCACGAUAUACUGAUUAAUUAGUCAAAUUAAUUACAUACUGUAUAACCAUGUUUCCUGAGAAAAAAAUAAAACCAAUUUAAAAUGAAUUUAUUAAUUAAUCAUUUAAAAAUACAACAUUAUUGUGGCAUGACGGCUUUAAAUACACAAUGUGAUUUAUAUAUAUUGUCAGUAUAUUGUUUUUUUCAUAUGACUGAACUCGUCACUCGUCAAACUGUCUGAGGAAGUUUUCUGUUACUGUUUUUCAGCAUUGUGUUAAUUUUAUUAUUGCUUAUUUUGUUUAAUCAGUAAAACAUAUUACCUUGACAGCCCUAUACUUCAGCCCUCCUCUUUUUCACAUUCACCUCACAAAAUACCUUUUAAAAACAGCAGCAAGAUGUAACAGCAAGAAAUCAACGUGUUGACAAGGAGUAUUCAGAAAUAAAC